AGUUCAAGUAUGAUUAAACAUGUAACUCUUAACACUUUCAGUUCGGCACUUACUGGUUAUGACUCGCCUCUUGCGCUUCAAAUAGCCCAACGCUGCCAUUUUCUUCUGUCUGAUAAUCACCGUCGCCCUGAACUGGACUGCAAUCUUUGCCGAUACUUAUGGCAGGCAUUUUCAGAAGAUUAAUACGCGCUCGCUCCGGCACUUCCGUUUCUGAUCUCUGCUCUAGUAGUCCCUCUUUGCCAGAGCUUCGUGCUUUGUCUGCAUCGCGUGGUGGUAGUCGCCGUGGCAUCUCCGCGUGGUCUGUCCGCCACUCUGGGAAUAAUGUUGGUCCUCUUGUGGGCGAGGAUGUUGCUGGACUAGAACACCCAGAAUUUCAGAAAUGGCAUGGUGGAGGUGGGACUUUCCACAAGUCAGCUUGUAUAGAUCCAACGGCUGUCAUAGAAGUUGGUGCCAUAAUUCAUUCAGAGUCUGUUCUUGGUGCAAAUGUUCAUAUUGGAUCAGGAACUAUUGUUGGUCCUGCAGUAUCAAUAGGUCAAUCAACAAAAAUAGGGUAUAAUGCGGCACUCAGUAAUUGCACAAUAGGUGAUUUAUGUGUUAUUCACAAUGGAGUGUGCAUUGGUCAAGAUGGAUUUGGGUUUUUUGUGGAUGAGCAUGGGAACAUGUUGAAGAAGCCUCAAAUGCUGAAUGCAAUGAUAGGGAACCAUGUGGAAAUAGGUGCAAAUACAUGCAUUGACAGGGGCAGUUGGAGAGAUACGGUUAUAGGGGAUCACUCAAAGAUAGACAAUUUAGUUCAGAUAGGUCACAAUGUAGUUAUUGGGAAGAGUUGCAUGCUUUGUGGACAAGUGGGGAUUGCAGGUUCAGUGACGAUGGGAGAUUACGUGACUUUGGGGGGAAGAGUAGCAGUUCGUGAUCAUGUCUCCAUUGCAUCAAAGGUUCGGCUUGCAGCUAAUAGCGGUGUCACCAAGGACAUCAAGGAACCUGGUGACUAUGGUGGCUUCCCUGCUGUUCCAAUUUGGGAAUGGCGAAGACAAGUUGUUACACGCCGUUGAACUUAGAGUUCGAUUAACAAUUUUCCAAUAGUUCAACCUUUGUUGUAUGACACUUUUGUAAUAGGUAUCAUUCUCUAGGUCAUAAAUUCAGGGGCCAAUAACUGACCCAGAAAAAAGUGAAAUAUGAUGGGAGAACUUUUUAUUGAUCUGUAGCCCAUGAGGGUGAAAAUGUAAUAUGAAUAAAAACUAAUUUUUCUUUUAAGAAUAACAUUUGGGUGGGUCUGUUUGAAGGUGACU